GCUCCCUCUCUUUCACACACACCACCAGGAAACAGGAUCUCUCCGAGGACACUUGCUCCCACCAUCCCGCGUGGAUCCCGCUCCAGUCCGGGGGGAAACAUGCGCCUUUAACAGCCUCUCAAACGUCCGUUUGCGUCGCCGGGGGCGAGCUCGAGUCCGCAGGAUCACUUUCCCCACCGAGGAUUGUGUUUUUGUCCGGCUCCGCUGCCGCUCUUCCCGCCGCCUCUGCUCCAUUUUCUACUUUUUCUUUUUCUCAUCGCGGAUCCGCGGCGGCUGCACUCAUGAAUUCGGAGAAAAAUGUUGCCCUCGGCAGAGACAACGCCAUCAUGCGGAAGAGAGCGCUGCUCCUUCGGAAAGGUUGCAGCUUCGAGAUCACCAGCUCUGCUUCAGAGGACUUGGGCUGCAGACGUGGAGACUUCAGCAGGAAGCACUACGGCUCCGUGGAGCUGCUGAUCUCCAGCGACGCAGAUGGGGCCAUCCAGAGGGCAGGACGCUUCAGGGUGGAGAACGGGUCCUCGGACGAGACGUCAGACUACACGCCAGGAACGUGGAGAAGAACUGAUGUCCACCUGGAGAAUCCAGAGUACCACACCAGGUGGUUUUUCAAGUACUUCCUUGGAAAAGUCCACCAGAACUACGUGGGAACAGAUGCAGAGAAGAGUCCGUUCUACCUGUCCGUGGUUCUGUCGGACCAGAACAACCAGCGGGUUCCUCAGUAUCGGGCCAUCCUCUGGAGAAAAUCAGGGACUCUGAAGAUCAGCCUGCCGUACAGCCCCACCAAAACACUAUCAGUCAAGUCCAUCCUCAGUGCUAUGAACAUGGACAGAUUUGAGAGAGGCCCCAGGGAGAUUCUUAACCCGGAGAUCCAAAAGGACCUGCUGGUGCUGGAGGAGCAGGAGGGAUCUGUCAACUUUAAGUUUGGAGUCCUGUAUGCCAAAGAUGGGCAGCUGACAGAUGACGAAAUGUUCAGUAACGAGAUGGGGAGCGAGAGCUUUGAUAAGUUUCUUAAUUUGCUGGGUGACACCAUCACGCUGCAGGGAUGGGCGGGGUACCGCGGAGGCCUUGACACCAAGAAUGACACUACAGGAAUCAAGUCCAUCUACACAGUGUAUCAGGGCCAUGAACUCAUGUUCCACGUUUCCACCAUGUUGCCCUACUCGAAAGAAAACAAGCAGCAGGUUGAGAGAAAGAGGCACAUCGGUAACGACAUUGUAACGAUAGUAUUUCAGGAAGGGGAUGAGGCGUCAUCUUCCUUCAAACCGUCCAUGAUCCGAUCGCACUUCACCCAUAUUUUUGCAUUAGUUAGGUAUAAUAGCCAGAAUGACAGUUACAGGUUGAAAAUUUUCUCAGAGGAAAGUGUCCCACUGUUUGGGCCGCCUCUCCCUUCUCCUCCUGUAUUUACUGAUCACCAAGAAUUCAGGGACUUUUUACUAGUCAAACUAAUCAAUGGAGAGAAAGCCACACUGGAGACACCAACGUUUGCCCAGAAGCGCCAGCGCACUCUUGACAUGUUGAUCCGCUCGCUCUACCAGGACCUCAUGCCGGACCUGCACAAGGCUCCCUUUUCUCCCCAGAACAUGUUAAACAGACGGUCCUUCAGUGACGUGCUGCCCGAGUCUCCAAAAUCUGCACGCAAGAAAGAAGAAGCACGGCAGGCGGAGUUUGUGAGAAUAGGACAGGCCUUGAAGCUGAAGACCAUCGUCAGAGGAGAUGCACCCACCAGCCUCGUGACCACAGGCUUAUGCAGAAAAGAGCCCUGGGAGUCCCAGCCCUUCUGCGGCACUUUCCCCUACGAGAUCGUGUGUGCGGACUCCUGGGGUCAGUCUCUGCUGGCGGCCACUGACACAGCAGGGGUCAUGCUGUUAGACGGCCCAGAUCCAGCUUUGUCCAACGCUGAGACACAGACGCUGCCGCCGGUGCAGGUCUUCGAUAAGACCAUGGUGGUGAAGCAGAUGCACGUUCUCGAGCCUCAGGACCUGCUGAUCACCCGAGCAGACAAAGGGAAAGACGCCCGGCUUUACGUGUUCAGGCUGGCGGCGCUCAAGAGAGGCCUGGAGGAGAAGCAGCUUGUGAGGGGCAAGUGCGACUGCAGAGAGAACAAACUGGAGAAAACCAAAGGCUGCCAUUUGUACUCCAUCAACACUCACCACGGAUCGGAGCUGAGGAUCGUAGCAGCCAUCAGGAACAAGCUCCUCCUCAUCACCAGGAAACGGUUCGAGGGUUUCAGUGCCGUCGCCUCGGGAACAGACUCACCCGUCGAGGAGUUUCAGUAUAUUCGGGAGAUCUGCCUGUGCGACCCUCCUGUGGUGAUGGCGCUAGUGGACGGACCCACUGGCGAGAACGACAACAUGAUCUGCGUGGCCUACAAGCACCAGUUUGACCUCAUCAACGAGAGCACCGGCGACGCCUACAGGCUGCACCACGUCGACGCCAACAGGGUAAAUUUUGUGGCAGCCAUUGACGUGUAUGAAGACGGUGAGGCAGGUCUGCUGCUGUGUUACAACUAUAUUUGCUACUACAAAAAAGUGUGUCCUUUCAACGGCUCCACCCCCAUGAUCCAGUCCAACACCUCCGACUUCCACUUCAGCUGGAACCAGAUGCCUAACGCCAUUGUGUGUGCGUUCCCCUACAUCCUGGCCUUCACUACCGACUCCAUUGAGAUCCGACUAGUCGUCAAUGGGAAUCUGGUCUACACAGCCGUGGUGCCGGAGCUGCAGCUGGCCUCCUCACGGUCAGACAUCUACUUCGUGUCCUCGGCUCCAGUCAGCUCAGCCUCCAACUGCAGUUCCAGAGACACCAGUUCCCAGAGUUCACCUCAAACACCCACCGGCUACGAGAUGCCCGUGUUCCCCUCGCCACUUGGUGACGAUUCUAUACGGAUUCCCUAUGGUACCAAGCUUUCCCUGUACAUGUCUAAGGAUGCCGAAGGUGACUCCCAGUGUAAACAGAUUUUCAAGAUCCCUCUGUGUAACCUGGUGGGCCGCAGCAUUGAGAGGCCCCUCAAGUCCCCACUGGUCAACAAGGUCCUGACCGUGGCGGCUCCCGUCAUGAUUCCUCCAGCGCCACUUAUCUCCGCCUCACACUCGCUCUCACUCUCACGCAUGGAGAUCAAGGAGAUAGCCAGCCGAACUCGCAAGGAGCUGCUGGGCUUGACGGAGGAGCCCAGUGGUAAACCAGACAGUGGGACAGUGAAGCAGAGGAAGAUGAGCAAGAAGAACGCUGAGGAAGAACCGAGACCUCGAGCUCUUACGUCAACCAACAGCGACAGGUCGGCGUCCGAGUCCGUUGACGCAGAGGUGGAAGUCUUCUGUUCAUCCAGCUUGGAGGCGGAGCCAGAGAAGGCGGUGCUGCGAACCGAGAGCCCCUCUCUCACCAGUGUCUUCGGACUUUCCUCCACUUCCUUCGAAGAAGAUGUUCUGGACCUAAAGUGAAGACAAUCACAUUCUCUGCUUUCAUUUUCUGUUGCCUCCCUCUUCAGUGGUUAUUUUUCUAUCUUUUGUUCAUAAGUUGUAUAAAUAUAGAUCAAUAUAUAUAUAUAUAUAGAAACUUAUAUGUAUAUCCUGGGUGUCCCCCACUUAACAGCAGAGGUGGUUGUAGACGAGGUGUUUCGGUGGGCGCGUCUCAUGUGUUAGUCCAGGACCAGAAUGUAACUGCAUUCCCAAAACACGUGUCAUGUGACUGCCCGCACACGACUCCCAUGAUGAAGAUGGUGUACAUUGUUUUCCAUAUACAGUCAUGUUUGUUUCUGCUUGUGGACUUAGUCACAGCUCAAGUGCCAUUUCCUACAAUCCUCCAGUGAACUUGCACCUGAGAGCCCCCACUGACACCUGGUGUCUGACUGAAGCAGCCAUGAUUGUAGUCCAGGUUACACCUGAAUCUUCAAAACCUUUUGGGUUCACCCUGAUGCUGCACCUGCUCUGACUCCCUUUCCCGUGUCCAUCUCCCUCACCGUACCAACUAUGUGUGAAUGCGCAUAACAAUGCUGCAACAGCGCCCUCUGGCGGAUGCAAGGGGUCAUUCUGUACUUGAUUUGUGAUGUUGGAAGUCGACUCAAUGUGCAUUACAUUUCGUAAAACCCAGAUUUGUUUACGUCACGUCUCACCAAAUAUUGUACUGACCAACAGUUGAAAGCGUUUUCUGUUUGGAUCGUCGAUCAGACCCCAUUGUCCUGCGUUGAAAUUCGCAAACCAGACGUGCUCUUGCAUGCAGAGAUUUUUUCCAAAUGUAAUCUGGUAACUACAACCUCUUUAUUAAUGCUCAAGAUUUAUAAUGUUUAUCUUUCAUCAGUGGAACGGGAAAAUGCGAUCUCAGCAGAGCUAAAUGGAUGAUGGAAUUCACAUUAUUGAAGCUUCACAGAGUUUACUUAAAUGUAGAAGAGGAUCAUGUGAGGGGAUAUUUAUAAUAUUUUAUAUUUCAUUUUCAUUUGCCUCUGGCAUUUAGGGAGUGCAACUGACCAGCUUUGUCCCCACACUUCUAUUUCAGUUUGUAUGGAACGUAUGCAUCAAACUUGCUAAACCUGGCCUUUUGGUCAGUUUGUGUGGACAUCAAAAGCUUUAAAUGCAUUGCCUUGGCUCAAAAAAGUUGAAGUCAUCCUCAUUUCUUGCGUGUACAUUUCGCGACCAUCGAAGAGCACAGUGUUCAACUAGCCGAGAUCACAACCGUCAACACCUAAUCUGGAAAUUAAAAACAAAAAAACCAUAAGCUUGAUGCGUGUCUGCUCUUGAAGGAGAAAAACCAGUGUGUACUUUGUGUUGAGAUGCUUCAUGCUAAAAUUGGCUUCCAGUAGUUAAAGGUGGGCAGUGUAAUGCUGCAUUCCAGUUGUCCUCGGAACUGGGACGUUCCCACUUGACAUUGGAUUUUCCCAGUCGGAAGUUCGCGAUCCAAGAUGGCAGCUCGGAGUGUAAACAAUGAGUAGAGCUCCUGUAAUAUUGAGUGUAUUUGACUUUAAGAAUUGUUUUUGUUCUCUAUAUUGGUUGGAUACAUAGUAUUGUUCGACGCAUAUGUAUGGAAAUGUUUUGUCGUGUAACUUUAAAUGUUCAUGCUGUAUAUGCAAACCAUGCUCGAUGCCUGUGACACUGUCGAUGGAGUGUCUUCCCUUGGUAAAUGGAAUGUGCUGAACUCGGCCGUGACGCCAUUCCCACCUCGGACAUCCGACUUCCGACGUAACUGGAUUGCAGCAUCAUUCUUGUUCACACAACAAUCUCGCCAUUGUUGUGUGGUUGAAUGUAACACAAAAAGGAAAAGAUGCAAGCAGACAAAGUAAAAGCGGACGGCAGUUUCACCCUUUAUAACCAAGGUCGACAUCAGCAAAGUAAUGAUAACCCUCCUAAACAUCAUGAAAUAUAUGAUUGCAGUUUUAUUGUUGGCACAUUGAGGUAAUUCUUGUAAACAUAUAUGGGUGUGUGAGCCCCGUUGUGGCGACUGCAAACCUCAACGCUGCAGCUCCCAGGUCCUGCUUCUUCUCCUGCGACAUGAUAAGGAACCUCAGACUAAAAAGGGACAAAGAAAAAGGAGGCAUUGAAAGGAUACAUUUACAUUUUCAACUGUUUUCUUCCUCUUGAUCCUGCCUUCCUUCAUGUUUAUUUCUACCUCCCCAUUAUUUUUGUUUUCUACCUGUUUGUUAAUUUUGUAUUAAUAUUUACUGUCUUGACUGUUGCUGAACCUUUCUGUGAUAUCAAAAUGAAAGAAGAAAAUGAACAAAAAACACCAAGUGUCUUAAAAUAUUGUAUCGCCAUCGUUUUUAAAUGCCAAGUACUACUUGUAAAUGUUUGUGUAUCAAAUGUGGCCUCAAAUGAAACUAAACUAUAUUAUUAUAAAUAUUAUUUGAGCAGUUAUUUUAAACAAGUGCUGUAGACCACUGCUGUGAAAGUAGUUGAUUCUGUUCAUUGAUAUGGAAUAAAUAUUUAUGGAAUUUGAACUGUGGGUCUGUUUAUUGUUCCCAGAAUCAGUACACCAAAAUAUAAAGUGUACACACAUGCAAGAAACAUCGUACUGUUGGUUUGGAACUUUAUUAGUGUCUAAAAGAACUUGGAUCAUGCUAGUUUUGCUGUUUU